UGCAUGAUAUAGACGACUACGAUUCAGAUCGUGUGGAAUCGUUGCUGUGACUAUGAAAUCAAUUGCAUUGCAGCUGCUGCUUUUGGGCUGCCUUCUGGCUGCUGUAUGCGCCACGCCUGGCAAGGUGAUUAUCAAUGGAAAAUGCAUCGAUUGCAAUCGACCAGAGGGUGACGAUUCCAUUGUUGUUCCAAUCUCUGCCUCGAGCCGUCAGGCCUUGACAUCAGGCGCUGUGGGCUUUGGACUUUUGUAUUAUAUUAUAAGCAAAUUUGUUCAUUAAUAGUCGCUUUUAAAUGAAAAUUUUUUAAAUAAACAAAUGUUUAAUAUAUGCUAAAAAAUA